AUGUCCAAGAGAGGAUCGAGCACAGCAACAUCAAAAUCCGAUUCAAAUCGUAAUGAAAAAACAUCAUGGUCGACUUCUCAACGCUCCAGCACACCUACAUCAUCAUCAUCAUCACACUCACAGCAAGGAGUCAUUCAAAACUUUAAAUCCCUAUGUUUUUAUCUCUCACCAUCCAUUCCCGAAAGUGAAAGAGAAAAAUUAAGAAAAAUUAUUAAAACUCGAGGAGGUAGCCUUUCUCUUGAAGAAAAUGCUGAAGAAGUAACACAUAUAAUUUCAGUGGAUAUGAAGUUUGCUAAGGAUGAGUAUUUGAAGUUAUUAAAUCGCAAUGAUGAUUCCGAACACAUGGAGAAAUAUUUACUGGAACAUCAAGCCGAGAAGCCAGAUAGAUGCAUUGUGAGUCCUCAAUUUAUUUAUAAUAAUGAUGACUAUGGAGCAGAAGACAAAUAUUUACUAUGCUAUCCAUUCGUAUUUUGUGACUUUGUAUUUACAUGUACGAAUAAGGUUGCCGCUGUAAUGCCUUCCAUAGCUUUUAUGGUUGAGUAUUUGGGUGGAAAAUUUAUUCCAGAAUUUAAUAAGGAGUUUUCAAGCACAUAUACGCACGUCAUUUCUUCACUGGAAGAUACAGAAACGGAAUGGUCUCGAUUUGAAAACCCAAACAUUUUACUAUUAUCCAUAGAUUGGUUAAAAGAAUGUUUUACAAAGAGAUCGUAUAUCGAUGAAAAGGAUCAUCUCAUUGGAAAAUAUCCACCAACGUAUUCUCUCACGAGCAACUUCAAAUCGAAAAACGUAUUUUCAAACCAUUCAUUCAUUGUAAUUAAUUAUCCUCCAACAUUUAUAUCCAACAUUCAGAGAGCUAUAUGCAUGGCCGGUGGAAAAGUUAUUCACAAUAAGGCUGUACAUGCAAACUCUAAAAUUGAUUACCUCAUUACAAGAUAUGCAUAUUCCUUUGAAAAUGGCUUCCUAGCGCAACAUGUAACUACAGCACAAUGGAUUGAUGACUGCUUGCGAGAAAGCAAGCUGAUAGACACAAACGAAAAAGCAAUUUACACACCUCUAAAGUCUAACAUGCAAAUACCGGAGUUUGAGGGUCUAAAAAUCACUGUAACUGGUUUCAAAGAUAUCGAGAGAAAUGACAUGACCUAUCUUAUCAAACAAACAGGAGCUUUGUAUACUGGUGACUUGUCAAAGGACAACCAUUACUUGAUUGUAAAUUCUUCUUCAAAUACUGAGAAUUCGAAGAAGGUUAAAAAAGCCAAUGAUUGGGGAAUCCCAACGUUGAAAAAGGAGUUUAUUUUUGAUAGUAUUUCUGAGUGGAAAAUGGUGGAUAUUGGACCCUAUUUGAUAGGAGGAGAUUCUAAAAAGAGAAAGCAUAUUACAGCUCUCCAAAGCCCAUCAACAUCAUCAGAAGGAUCACGAAAAAAGACAAAACAGUCAAGAACUCCAAAAGUAUUUCAACUUUCAAUUUCAAAUAGCCUAGAGAGUCGAUACGAAAUGAUUAUUCAACAGCUUGGCGGCACGGUGGUGAAUGACGAACAAGAGAAGACACAUCAUGAGUCAAUAACUCAUCUUAUAGCCUCUGAAAUCAAACGAACUCUCAAAUACAUGCGUGCAUGUGCAAAAGGUUGUUGGGUGCUAAAAACAAGUUACCUAGAUCAUUCAUUGAAAAGCAGCGACUUUUUAGAUGAGGAACAGUAUGAAUGGAAUUCUAACGAGAUUACGCCGAAGGGUAUGUGGCUUGGAAUUCCAAGAAAAUGGAGACUUUACAGGGAAAAACACAAAUAUGGACCUUUUCAUGAUCUUGUUGUAUAUAUUCAUGUCACUUCGUCUAAUCCACCUGCAAGUGUGCUAGCUGACAUUAUUAAGGCUGGGGAUGGCACAGUAGUUUCAUCUCUGAACUCUGAUGUGAAUCUUGCUAUAGUCAACGACAAUGCUAAGGAAGGUGACAGUGAAAUGACAAGGAAAAUCAAACGUUUGGAGAUACCGGCCGUUCCAACUUCCUUUAUUUUAGAUUUUUUCAAAGAAAAGGAAACACCUUCACUUGAACAGUACAGGCUAUUUUAA